AUGCCGUGUUGUGACCCGUGUGUGAUGCGUGUUGUGACCCGUUGUGAAUCGUACGACUUCUUCUCUCCUCAAGCAGCACAACGCAUCCCCGGAGCUAGCAUGGACACAUCAGCCCCCCGAAGGCAGCACGUUCCUCAUGUCGACCCCACUGUCGUGACCACCCACUCAGACUGGCCCCUCCUCCUCCGCUUGGUCGCACUUAUGCUAACGCAAACGCUUUUUCCCCGGGGGUGGAAUUAUGGCCGUGGACCGUACGUGGUUUAUCUGUGGGGGGGACUGGAGCUGAUUGCGUACGAGCUCAUCAGUGGGAGUUUCCGUGUUCACCUCUUCAGCGGAUGGCGUGAUGCUUUCCGAACGCCGCGGACCGCCCUGAUCCUGGUGCUGCUGGGUUGCUGCCAUGGAGACGUGUCCCCUGGGAGGAUGAUACCGAUCCUGGCAGCGCGAGCAAGAGGGGAGAGGAGAGAAGAGAGUGUUCCCUUCUUCGUACAGAGGGAGAGAGAGGGAGAGAAGAGAGUGUUCCCUUCUUCGUACAGAGGAGAGAGAGGGAGAGAAGAGAGUGUUCCCUUCUUCGUACAGAGGGAGAGAGAGGGAGAGAAGAGAGUGUUCCCUUCUUCGUACAGAGGAGAGAGAGAGGGAGAGAAGAGAGUGUUCCCUUCUUCGUACAGAGGAGAGAGAGGGAGAGAAGAGAGUGUUCCCUUCUUCGUACAGAGGAGAGAGAGAGGGAGAGAAGAGAGUGUUCCCUUCUUCGUACAGAGGAGAGAGAGAGGGAGAGAAGAGAGUGUUCCCUUCUUCGUACAGAGGGAGAGAGAGGGAGAGAAGAGAGUGUUCCCUUCUUCGUACAGAGGGAGAGAGAGGGAGAGAAGAGAGUGUUCCCUUCUUCGUACAGAGGAGAGAGAGAGGGAGAGAAGAGAGUGUUCCCUUCUUCGUACAGAGGAGAGAGAGGGAGAGAAGAGAGUGUUCCCUUCUUCGUACAGAGGAGAGAGAGAGAGAGAGAAGAGAGUGUUCCCUUCUUCGUACAGAGGAGAGAGAGAGGGAGAGAAGAGAGUGUUCCCUUCUUCGUACAGAGGGAGAGAGAGGGAGAGAAGAGAGUGUUCCCUUCUUCGUACAGAGGGAGAGAGAGGGAGAGAAGAGAGUGUUCCCUUCUUCGUACAGAGGGAGAGAGAGGGAGAGAAGAGAGUGUUCCCUUCUUCGUACAGAGGGAGAGAGAGGGAGAGAAGAGAGUGUUCCCUUCUUCGUACAGAGGAGAGAGAGAGGGAGAGAAGAGAGUGUUCCCUUCUUCGUACAGAGGAGAGAGAGAGGGAGAGAAGAGAGUGUUCCCUUCUUCGUACAGAGGAGAGAGAGAGGGAGAGAAGAGAGUGUUCCCUUCUUCGUACAGAGGGAGAGAGAGGGAGAGAAGAGAGUGUUCCCUUCUUCGUACAGAGGGAGAGAGAGGGAGAGAAGAGAGUGUUCCCUUAUUCGUACAGAGGGAGAGAGAGGGAGAGAAGAGAGUGUUCCCUUCUUCGUACAGAGGAGAGAGAGAGGGAGAGAAGAGAGUGUUCCCUUCUUCGUACAGAGGGAGAGAGAGGGAGAGAAGAGAGUGUUCCCUUCUUCGUACAGAGGGAGAGAGAGAGGGAGAGAAGAGAGUGUUCCCUUCUUCGUACAGAGGGAGAGAGAGGGAGAGAAGAGAGUGUUCCCUUCUUCGUACAGAGGAGAGAGAGAGGGAGAGAAGAGAGUGUUCCCUUCUUCGUACAGAGGGAGAGAGAGGGAGAGAAGAGAGUGUUCCCUUCUUCGUACAGAGGGAGAGAGGGAGAGAAGAGUGUUCCCUUCUUCGUACAGAGGGAGAGAGAGGGAGAGAAGAGAGUGUUCCCUUCUUCGUACAGAGGGAGAGAAGAGAGUGUUCCCUUCUUCGUACAGAGGGAGAGAGGGAGAGAAGAGAGUGUUCCCUUCUUCGUACAGAGGGAGAGCGGGAGAGAAGAGAGUGUUCCCUUCUUCGUACAGAGGGAGAGAGAGGGAGAGAAGAGAUACCUGGGUCAGUACCUGGGUCAGUACCUGGGUCAGUACCUGGGUCAGUACCUGGGUCAGUACCUGGGUCAGUACCUGAGUCUGAUGCCACCAGUACCUGGUUGUAAGAGCGCUCACAUCGACCGAUUUCAACUGAUCAUCUCCAUCAUCUCCAUCAUCUCCAUCAUCUUCAUCAUCUCCAUCAUCUCCAUCAUCUCCAUCAUCUCCAUCAUCUUCAUCAUCUCCAUCAUCUCCAUCAUCUCCAUCAUCUCCAUCAUCUUCAUCAUCUCCAUCAUCUCCAUCAUCUCCAUCAUCUUCAUCAUCUCCAUCAUCUCCAUCAUCUCCAUCAUCUUCAUCAUCUCCAUCAUCUCCAUCAUCUCCAUCAUCUCCAUCAUCUUCAUCAUCUCCAUCAUCUCCAUCAUCUCCAUCAUCUCCAUCAUCUUCAUCAUCUCCAUCAUCUCCAUCAUCUCCAUCAUCUUCAUCAUCUCCAUCAUCUCCAUCAUCUCCAUCAUCUUCAUCAUCUCCAUCAUCUCCAUCAUCUCCAUCAUCUCCAUCAUCUUCAUCAUCUCCAUCAUCUACUCUUGA